AUGCCAACCCUAGACGACAUUUUGGAGUGUGUUGGAGAAUUUGACAGGUUCCAGAAGCAAACCUUCUUUCUCCUGUGUUUGCUUUCUGCUGCCUUCACCCCAGUGUAUGUGGGUGUCGUCUUCUUUGGGUUCAUCCCUGAGCAUCGCUGCUUCAGUCCUGGGGUGGCUGAGCUGAGCCAGCGGUGUGGCUGGAGCCUGGAAGAGCAGCUGAAUCACACCGUUCCCGAGUGGGGCGGCCAUGGGGCCGGUUUCAGCAGCCGCUGCAGGAGGUACGAGGUGGACUGGAACGCGACAGGCGUCAGCUGCAUCGACCCCCUCAGCAGCCUCGUGAGCAACCAGAGCACUGUCCCCCUCGGUCCCUGCCGGGACGGCUGGGUCUAUGACUACCCGGGGACCUCUCUUGUGACUGAGUUUAACCUGGUGUGUGAGGACUCCUGGAAGCUGGACCUCUUUCAGUCUUCUGUGAACGCUGGGUUUUUUAUUGGCUCCGUAAACAUUGGCUACAUAGCAGACAGGUUUGGCCGUAAAUUUUGCCUCUUAAAUACAAUUCUUGCAAACGUUGUCUGUGGAAUCCUUCUGGUCUUCGUGCCCUCCUACCUGUGGAUAGUCAUAUUCCGCUUCUUGCAAGGGCUGGUCAGCAAGGGCUGCUGGACAGCAGGAUACAUCCUGGUGACGGAAGUUGUCGGUCCAAAGUACCGGAGGAUGGUGGGCAUCCUCUACCAGAUGGCCUUCUCCAUUGGGUUGUUGGUCUUUGAUGGCAUCGCUUAUGCCAUCCCUCACUGGCGGUGGCUGCAGCUCACCGUCACCCUACCGAGCUGCUUCUUCCUGCUUUACUACUGGUGCCUCCCAGAGUCUCCCAGGUGGCUGAUAUCUCAAGGGAAAAAUGACAAAGCUAUGAAAAUUGUCAGUGAUAUGGCCAAAAAAAAUCGGAAGAAGAUGCCUUCCCAUUUUGAGGAUAUUAAAUUUGAAGAGGAAGAUGGUGGAAAGCAGAGUCCUUCAUUCAUUGACCUUGUCAGGACACCACAGAUGAGAAAAAACACACUCAUUUUGAUGUACAACUGGUUCACAAGCUCCAUCCUCUACCAGGGGCUCAUCAUGCACAUGGGACUAGCGGCUGGGAAUAUGUAUCUGGAUUUCCUCUAUUCUGCACUUGUGGAGUUCCCAGCUGCCUUCAUCAUCAUUGUCACCAUUGACCGUGUUGGGCGGCGCUAUCCCUGGGCUGCGUCAAACCUGGUGGCUGGAGCUGCCUGCCUUGUUACAGCCCUGGUCCCAGAAGACAUGCAUUGGCUAAAAGUGAUUGCUGCUUGCAUUGGGAGAAUGGGAAUCACAAUGGCUUUUGAAAUGGUUUGCUUUGUAAACACUGAACUGUAUCCAACAUAUAUCAGGAACCUCGGGGUGAUGGUCUGCUCCUCCUUGUGUGAUAUUGGUGGAGUCAUUGUCCCAUUCAUUGUCUACAGACUGGUGGAAGUCUGGCAUGAUCUGCCGCUGAUAGUCUUCACUGUUCUUGGUUUGAUCGCGGGCGGAUUGGUGCUGCUUCUACCUGAAACUAAAGGAAGAGUUUUGCCUGAGACUGUUGAAGAUGUUGAAAACUUUCACAGGUGA